UGUCAGAAUUCAGAAACAGACGUCACUCGCCAGUUUGAGUUAGAGUCUGACGUCGUCCGUAGUAGAGUUGUUGUGGUUAAAGUGUUUAUCUUCAACCAAUUUAUAAGAUCUUAUGAGUUAUAUUCUUUAAUUAUUUAACGAACGAUGGCUAAAAACACUUCAAGUUCCGCAUUUAGGAAACUAGAUGUUGAUCAGUGCAAUGAAGAUUUAUACAGAGAAGAAGAACCGGGUGAACUUCAAUCACCUCCAGUCGGUCCAGAUGAGUCGGAAGUAACCUCACUCCUUAAUCAAGGUCGCUACGUAGAUGCACUGAAAACAGUACUACGUAAUGCACCACUAGGCUCAAAAAAUCAACAAGUUAAGGACAAUGCACUAAAUAUAGCUUUGAGAGUGUUGCUGUCGAUCAAAUCCUCACAGAUCGAGGAAGCAGUAGCGGCACUAGACCGGGACCUAGUGGAUGUGUUGAUGAAGUACAUCUAUCGAGGGUUUGAGAUCCCCUCGGAGGGAAGUAGCGGCCACCUAUUGCUGUGGCACGAGAAGGCUUACAACAUUGGUGGUGUUGGCAGCAUUGUCAGAGUCCUUACAGAUACGAAGCGAGCGUGACUCCCACACCGAUACAGCCUCGUGCGCCAACCUAUUUAUUUCCCAUCGUGCAAUGUCUCACUAUUUCACCUUAAUAAAGAAAGUAUGAUAAAAUUUGUUAAAGUUUCCAUGAUAACGUUUUUAGGAACAUUAUUGAUUUAAAAGUAAUUAAACUGUUUUUGUACAAAUGUUUUAAA